AUGGAGCAGCCGGAGGCUCCCGCUGACGCCCCCACCAUGGAGCAGCCGGAAGCCGCCGCUGACGCCCCCACCAUGGAGCAGCCGGAAGCCGCCGCUGACGCCCCCGCCAAGCAGGAGGCUGCCGCUGACGCCCCCACCAUGGAGCAGCCGGAGGCCCCCGCUGACGCCCCCGCCAUGGAGCAGCCGGAGGCCUCCGGCAGCAUCGAUGCUGCGGCGAAGACGGGCGGCGACGAUGGACUCGACACCACCGAUCGUGGAAACGGGUGGCAUGUCGUGGGCAAGAGUCGUCGCACGACGACCGGUGGCGAGGUGCGUACGCAUUAG